UGCCGGCAGCAGCUGGGGAGAGCGCGUUUAGAACAAGCACUGGAUGCGAGUGAGCCGCUCGGUGUCAUCAGGCGCCGCAGCCGCGCUCGGCAGACCCAGCUACUCCGAUUUACGGGUUAUCGGUACCGUGAGGUACUGAGAAUAACUUAAUUCACCUGUGGAAACAACUUGUUACUGACUGUUAAUGUCUGUGCUUAGUCGGCGUUGAGCAAUGCGUGCCGUUAUUAAUUCGGCAUUUUGCCUGUGAAGAAUGCUCCACACAUUCACAAUCCAGAAAAUGCACAUCGUAAGUCCGUGUUGAAGUGAAGACGAUCAUCCAGGAGGAGCUGGGAAAUAGCAUAAAUCUUUGCAGACAACUUGGCCGUGAGCAGUUAAACUGAAAUUAACUUCUGCCUUCUGGCUGCAGAGCGCUGUCUGACGUUCCUGCCUGAUACUCUGCAGACUAAAUCAUGCCAGCGUUAUCAGCUGGAUCUGGAAGUGACACAGGUCUGUAUGAGCUGCUGGCUGCAUUGCCAGCCCAGCUGCAGCCACAUGUGGACAGCCAGGAAGACCUGACCUUCCUCUGGGAUAUGUUUGGUGAAAAAAGCCUUCAUUCACUGGUGAAGAUUCAUGAGAAACUCCAUUAUUAUGAAAAACAGAACCCAGUGCCCAUACUCCACGGUGCAGCAGCCUUGGCAGAUGAUCUGGCUGAGGAGCUGCAGAGCAAGCCGCUGAGCAGUGAGAUCAGAGAGCUGUUGAAACUCCUUUCAAAACCCAAUCUCAAGGCUUUGCUCUCUGUACACGAUACUGUUGCUCAGAAGAACUAUGAUCCAGUCUUGCCUCCCAUGCCUGAUGAUAUUGAUGAGGAAGAAGAUUCAGUUAAAAUAAUCAGGCUUGUCAAAAACAGGGAACCGUUGGGAGCUACCAUUAAAAGGGAUGAACAAACUGGUGCAAUUGUGGUGGCAAGGAUAAUGCGUGGAGGAGCUGCAGACAGAAGUGGUCUUAUUCACGUUGGUGAUGAACUGAGAGAAGUCAAUGGAAUUCCAGUAGAUGAUAAAAAACCUGAAGAAGUAAUACACAUCUUGGCUCAGUCUCAAGGAGCAAUUACAUUUAAAAUUAUACCUAGCGUGAAGGAAGAGAUGCCAGCGAAGGAAGGCAAGAUGUUUAUCAGAGCCCUCUUUGACUAUGAUCCUAAUGAGGAUAAAGCAAUUCCUUGUAAAGAAGCUGGCCUUGCUUUCAGAAAAGGAGAUAUCCUUCAGAUCAUGAGCCAGGAUGAUGCAACUUGGUGGCAGGCCAAGCACGAAGGUGAUGCCAAUCCCAGAGCAGGCUUGAUCCCGUCAAAGCACUUCCAGGAGAGGAGAUUUGCACUAAGAAGACCAGAAGUGCACAUUCAACCACUGAAAAUUUCCAACAGAAAGUCAUAUGCUGAAUGUGCUGGUUACAACACUGGAUCCUAUCUAGCUGGUUUUAGGAGAAGCUUCCGUCUUAGCAGAAAAGACAAGAAAACAAACAAGUCCAUGUAUGAGUGCAAGAAGAGCGAGCAGUACGACACAGCAGACAUCCCAACGUACGAAGAAGUGGCAAAGUAUAGGCGGCAGCCUGAUGACAAAUACAGGCUUGUAGUUUUGGUUGGUCCUGUUGGGGUUGGACUGAAUGAACUGAAAAGGAAACUGUUGAUCAGUGACACCCAGCACUACGGGGUGACGGUGCCACACACGACCCGUCCAAGGAGAAGCCAAGAAAGUGAUGGUGUCGAAUACAUUUUCAUUUCCAAGCACUUGUUUGAGACAGACGUGCAGAAUAACAAGUUUAUUGAGUAUGGCGAGUACAAGAACAACUACUAUGGCACGAGCUUAGACUCUGUGCGAUCAGUUUUGGCUAAAAACAAAGUCUGCCUGUUGGAUGUGCAGCCUCAUACAGUGAAACACUUACGGACAUAUGAAUUUAAACCCUUUGUCAUAUUUAUAAAGCCUCCUUCGCUUGACCGCUUGAGAGAGACCAGAAAAAAUGCCAAGAUUAUUUCAAGUAAAGAUGAUAAGGGAACUGCAAAACCCUUUACAGAAGAAGACUUCCAAGAGAUGAUUAAAUCUGCCCACGUGAUGGAGAGCCAGUAUGGGCACCUUUUUGAUAAGGUGAUAGUCAACGAUGACCUCGCUGCAGCUUACAGUGAGCUUAAAACAACCUUUGACAGGUUGGAGACUGAGACCUUCUGGGUUCCUGUCAGCUGGCUACACUCUUAACAGCAUUUUAAACAGACAAAACAUAAGCUGUGUUCAGCAUCAAGGUAUGGUUAGGUGUUACUUGAUGGCUGUUUUCUUGGUAAGAGGGCUUUCUAACUCUACCUGAGCAGCAGGUACACUCUUCAUGCACUUGGAACUCAUCUUGUUUUCCUGUGUCUUCACUCCUGCCCACAAUUUUGGAGUAGAACAGUCAGAUUAAACCGAAGUUUUACACUGCUCCAUAAAGUGAGCUAAUACUAGUGUAACAAAACUGCCAAACAUCUCUUUAUCAUCCUCUGUGUAUUUCCAAGGUAAGCUUUUUUAAUGGAGAGUUUGCAGAAGAUCCUAAUUAAUGCUGGAGUUCAGCACUUUGAUGGUUUUAAGCGUAACGGCUCCCAUAAAGAGCAUCAGCACUUGGAAGUGAUUAGUCCUUAAGUGCUUGAGAAAACUAAAAUAGGCAAAAGUGACCAACAUUUUUAUGAGGAAGACAUCAUAGUUUAAUUAUGUACCAAGAUAAUUGAUGUGAACCUUGUCUUAUCUGUUCAACGUGAUGUUAGGAUUCCUUUGCACUUACAGAGUCACAGAAAGGGAGAUGUAUUCAGUGGCUUAAUGGUGUAACACUCUGCUGGGAGCAUGAAUGGGUUGGAACUUUCCAUGGCACAACCAAGAAAACUCACAGGAAUAUGUAUUUAAACAGGGGAAAAGUGAGUUACUAUGUAUAUAACUUCAAAGCCUUUGGGAUUAAUCUGCAAAAUCAGGGGCAAAAUUAUAUGAUCAGCAACAAAGUAGAGAGUAAUUUUUUUCCCCCCAUUUUAAUUCACUUAAAUUAUUUUUGGCAUCCUUUACAACAGUUCUCCCAGCAGAAAUUUGCAAACAGUUGGUGAGGAUGCCUCAGAGAUCUGGGAAGCACUUGCAAGAGAUUAUUUUUCUGUAUUGUUUACUACAUAGUGAUAUUUUUGGUAGCAUAACAUACUUUGUCUCCACUCCAAAGUUAAUUAGCGAUGUAGACCUCGCUGUACAAAAAUAUCCUUGUCACUGGUCAGACACAGUUGGAAACCUCAUUUUAAGAUCUGAUGUGGCAGUGUGUUCAAAUGUAUAUUAGAUGAUGUAUUUUUAAUAUAGAUAAUUUAGUAUUUUAUUUACUACUGAUAUGCAGGAAGCGAGUACAGCUGUAAAGACCAAGUAACACCUGUGUGUUGUGUUGUGAAUCUGUCUUGUUAAGUACAGACUGUGGAUAGGAACUUGCUGCCUUCAGGUCGUCCUGUCUGUGGCAUUGGAACAGGAAACCAUGUUUCAUGGCAACCUGAAAAGAGCAUAUAGCUGUCUUGUUUAAGGACAGAAGAAUUUAGUGAAGCUGGAUAUAUUUAUGAAAGGGUUGAAAAAGGGAUGUUCAGUUCUUACAUUUCUUGUCAGUGUGAUCAUUUGCUGAAGAGCUUACUGAGUCUGUCCCUGUAAAUGGAGCUCAACAUUCCAUGUAAAUAUUUUAUUUUAGUUCCUACACUGAUGAAGCCAUCAGAUGUUGUAGUUUUAUUCUCAAUGUGUAUUUAAUGUGUGGGUCGUUGCAUUUGGCUUAGAGUCCUAUAAAACAAGCGAAAUGGAAGGAACAACAGCAAAAUCUCCAGGAGUCUGGAAAUGUUUAUGCAGGAGUUAUAGAUGUCCUGAAUCCCAGUAGGGAUACACACUCUGCUUGAAAUGCUCUAAUGUAACUUUUGUCAAAUUUCACCCCUUUUCCUGGUGGACUUAAACUUUUUUUUUUUUUUGUAACAUAAAUAAAAUGUUGUUGAUUAAAUGAAUUGCACCAAAAUUGUGUGAGUUGAGAAAAUGUUUUCUUUGCUUUUGUUUUUUUAAUUGCUGGAAAUCAAACUGUUUCAGGGCAUCUGGAAUUCAGUGGGUCUUUUUACCCAAGGCACCAAGUGCCCUCACCAUCUCUUGCCAUGAAACCAAACUGAGAAGGCACUCAGCAUCUCUCAGGAUUUGGCUGUUUCCAGCAAGAGGGGCUUUAGUGCUUGCAGAAACACUCUUAACGCUGCUCCUAACCUGGGCUGUCACACAACAUUAGCGUACAAUAACACUCAUGUAAGAGACCUGCUUUUCUCUUUAAGAACUAGAGUAAUCUGCAAACUCCCUGGUAGAAAGAGUUCUAGCUGUCCUGCAGGCUGUUCUUCUUGUCCUUUUGAAAUUGAUUUCAUUCCCAUUCCUGGCUCGGUGUGGUCUAGGAGGACCCUCUACGCAGUUUGCUGUGCAGGGCAGCAGGACGCUGUGCAGCGCUUCGCUGCGUUCACAGAGAGCUGACCCUCUGCUCCUCAGCACAGUCCUGCCAAGAGUUUCCUAGACAGAUGGCUGCCUGCCCCAACUCCAAGCCAGGAGCUAAUUCCUGAAUUGUAACACCUGCAAAAGAAAGGGAAUCACAAAAGCAUAAAUCCAACCAACAGAGCAUGGUGUGCGCAGAGUCUUUCAGGAGUGAGAAAGAGUUUUAAUGCAACUACUGUUUUGUUCUUGAAAAUCAUUAUAACAGUGUUAGCUUAAAGCAGAGUAAAUCUUAGCUGUGAGCCUCUGUGAGGUGGAAAUGAUAGCAGGUCAAGGCAGAAAAAUGCCUUAGCCCAACAGCCCUGCUUAUCAUGAUGGACACUGAGCCAAUGUGCUGAAUUGUUCUGGGAUACCAAGGUGGGGGGAGUACGGAGAUUGUUCCAUUGACUCCUAAGAAUUUGGAAACAAAGACAACCAAACAUGUUUCCAAUAUUCAGUUUGAGCUGUGUGGGUUUCUAGAGAACUGUAUGUUUUGACAGUUAAGUCCAGAUGCUUUUAUUGUGUUUUAGCUGUUUGCCACAGUCAAACAAAUGAUAGUGUUUUUAAUAUUGUACCAUGCUCUAUACUUGAAUCUGCCAUCGGGUCCUUGGUUGAUGUCUCACCUGAAAUCUGAUCAUACCUUCUUAUGCAAACCAAUAAAUUAUUGAUACAUCACUGAA